UUACACCUAAGUGAUGUCAGGCCGAUAAUACAUACAAACCAAAGAAUUGGCGGUGACGUGUCCCAGGAGUGGCAGAGAGAACUGCGUGCGCCCGAAGCUUUCACCCACUCUCUCACUUUAAAAUCUCUCUUCCUAUAGUUUCUCUCUCACUCUUAAACGCUUCGUCUUUCUUUCCCUGUCGUUUAGUGUGAAGAAGAAGCAUUAUUCUCUCCUGGGGGUUUUUCAGAAACAGAGUCACUCACUCGCUCAAAGGUUUUUGUUUCCUCCGCUUUUACUGGGUUUCUCGGAGAGUACUCAUACGAUGAGCUUUAGGAGAUUGGUCAAGAGAGCAUUGAUUCUAGAUGAGGACGAUGAGGAUGAUGUGGUUUACAGCUUCAAGGUUCUCUUACCUAACAGCACUAGUGUGCCACUCACGGUCACUAACCCAGGACCUGAGAUGCCGAUGGAGACUUUUGUCAACCUGGUGAAGGAGGAGUAUGACAAAGCACGUAAAAGCUGUUUGUUGAUGACCAAGAGGAGAAGGGUUGACUGGAACUUGGGUGGAAAGUUCCAUCUUGAGUCAGAUAGUGAAAAGAUGGAAGGAAUGGUUCGCUUUGCUGCGUUCAAGCCCAACUCGUUACACAUAAUACGUCUUGAUGACGGUUCUGGUGUAACUUCCACCAUGUAUGAGGUCAGCGUUACUAUUCUGAAACAUAUACACUUGCUCCUUAUGUUGGUAUGUGAAGGUUCACUCUUGGUUUUGCAGAACCUGUGGGAUUUGACACCUGACACUGAUCUUCUGAAAGAGCUACCUGAAAAUUAUAGCUUUGAGACAGCUCUUGCGGAUCUAAUAGAUAAUUCUUUGCAAGCUGUGUGGUCUUGUUCCCCCGGAGAGCGAAGGCUCAUUAGUGUGGAUGUUUCUGCUGAUCGGAUCUCAGUCUUUGAUACUGGAAGAGGAAUGGACAGUAGUGAGGAAAAUGCUAUUGUUAAAUGGGGAAAAAUAGGGGGCUCAUUACAUAGAUCUGAAAAGACCUUUGCUAUUGGAGGCAAACCACCAUACCUUAAGCCCUUCUUUGGGAUGUUUGGAUAUGGAGGCCCUUAUGCUUGUAUGUUCUUGGGAAGGCGUACUUUGGUGUCUUCUAAGACGAAAGAGUCCAAGAAAGUAUUCACUUUGCAAUUCGAGAAAGAAGCCUUGAUUGGCAACCACUCAGUCUCUGGAAAACACUGGAAGACUAGUGGUGGCAUGAGGGACCCGACAGAGGAAGAAAAUAAGUUAUCGCCUCAUGGCAGUUUCACAAAGGUUGAGAUAUUUGAAUCAGAAUUCGACAUGUCCAAAAUAUAUCAACUACAGUGCAGGCUUAAGGAUAUUUACUUUCCUUACAUUCAGUGUGACGAACUUUCCAAAACUGGGAGGACUGAAAGGCCUGUAGAGUUUCAGGUCAGUGGAGAAGAUUUAGCUGAGAUAGCUGGUGGUGAAGUUGCCAUUACCAACCUAAACUCCAAGGGUGAAGAGUUUUCGUUUCAGAUUCGGUUCAGUCUUGCAAGUGAAAAACGAAAAGGGAAACCUCAACAAGCAAAUGCUCGCCUCAAAUUUGUUUAUUUUCCAAUCGUCCAGGGAAAAGAAAGCAUCGAGAAAAUUUUGGAGGGAUUACAAGAGGAAGGAUGCAAAGUUUCCGAAAGCUUCGAGACUUUUGGUCGUGUUUCAAUAAGAAGGCUUGGUCGUCUACUUCCAGAAGUCCGUUGGGAUUCAAUACCGUUCAUGCAAAGAGGUAACAGAGCGUCUACUUUGCAGAAAUCUUGCCGAAGAGUAAAAUGCUUUAUCGAUUUGGAUGCUGGUUUUAGCCCAACGCCCUCCAAAACCGACCUUGCAAGCCAAAAUCCUUUCUCAGUGGCUCUAAGAAACUUCGGUAGUAAACAGACAGAUAAGGAUAAGGAUACUGAUGUCAAAAUGGUGAUUCACCGAGAAGGAAAACCAGUCACACAAUUGGAGCAGAAUUAUCAGGAUUGGGUUAUGAAGAUGCAUGAUGCCCAUGAUGAAGAGGCUACGUCGGGUGAAGAUGAAGCUAUUCUCGUUCUUGAAUCCUUGGACAAAAAGGCUCUUGGCAUUUUGCGUGAUGCUGUGAGGGUGCACAAGGUAGUCACGAGAAACGGAAAGUUGUGGAAACGUGGUCAGAAUAUAAAGCUUCUGAAAGGAGCUUGUGGUGGGGUUCACAAUGGUAAUAUCUAUGCUACCAUUGACUAUUUCUUAAUAGAAGGGUUUGAAGACGAAGCAGGCGGUGAUACUCGGAUUCUAUGCAGGUGGUUUUUUUUCUUCUUCCAUCUACCUAGUUCUGAGUAUUUAUUGGGGAGCUCUGUGUCUUAUAGCUUUAAUUUUAGGCCUAUCGAUUGCCCUAAGAAAGAAGGAUGCAAGCUUUCAUGCAUCGAUGGAAGUUGGAGACUGGAACUUCAGAAGUCUUUAACAUUGCCUAUUACUAUAAUCGACUCUGGAAAGUGCCUACAUGCAGAUGCAGACGAAUGGACUAGAAAACUUGAAAGGCAACAGGAAAAGGCACCUUCCAAAAUUGAUUUGCUGGAUGAGAGGGAUUGCAGAGAAUUGAACAUUGAUGGGGCACUACCAGUUUCUGUGCGUGUUGGGAGAGCUCCCCCGCAGCAGAUUGUUGCAGUUAUCCGACCUGCAUCCUUCACAUCUGUUACACCGUCAAAGAAGUUGGAACAGAAGCAUGUUGUUAGUAUGGAGGGCAAAGAAAUGGUCAUGGUAGUAAAACUGGUAGACCCAAAUACGAAACCAAAUGCUAAGGUUGCCACCAAAUCAGUAUGUUCGCAGCGCGUGUUUCCUACAUCCUGUAAAGGGAUUGGUGGUCUUUACAUCUUCUCCCUUGGCUCCAAGUUUCCGAACCUCUUCAAGAGAGCUGGCACUUACAACUUUUCUUUCUCUAUCGGGGACUCGAUUAGGUGCAACAAAACUGUUGUUGUUAAACCUUCUUCUAAGGCAGCAAAGUGGAAACUUGAUGAUAGUCUGGAUCCCCUGCCGUGCAAUGUUCGAGUUGGUUCGUGUAUUGGACCUCUCCGUAUAGCCUGCUUUGAUGAGUAUGAAAAUCAGAUACAGUUCACUUCUGUUCCAAGCCUGGAAGUUGAACUGAAAGCCAACGCUGGAUUUGAUCUCAAGAUUGAUGACUUUGAGACCAACCUGAUAGAUGGAGGAUCAACUCUCAUGAUCAAGGAAAUGCUCGUUGAGACUGAUGCAUUAGACAAGAUCGGCCCAAGUUAUGAUGCAACCUUGGAGAUACGCGCACAAGACAAACCUUUAAGUGUCUCGAUUGCUUGUAAAGUGAACCCCGGGCCUCUGAAACGAGUUGAAGUGAAUAAUCCUCAGGCUUUUGAAAAUUUGCUUCCAGGUUCUACUGUUGAAAAUUUGAUUCUGGAGAUGUUCGAUGGAUUCAAUAACCACAUUGCAGAAGGGACCAGUGUUCUGAUAAACACUGAGGGCUAUUGUAUCGAAGACUGGAUGGGCGUCAACCGUAAGGUUGAUGGUAGUGGCUGCAUUGAUCUCUCUGGCAUCCUCAAAGUCACAGAAGGCUAUGGAAAACAUGUCUCAUUCUCUGUUGUGUCUGAUUGUAAAGAAAUCUUCCGGAAAGAGUCUCAAAUCGAGGAACGAGAGCUAAGGCUUGUAACAGAGCGGCCCGAGUCCUGUACUGCCGGUUCAAAUCUUACGAGCCUCAUUUUCAAAGUGACGGAUUCAGAUGGUUCUUUGGAUACUAGUAUCCAUCAUGACGAAAAAACCAGGUGUAUCCACACCCUGAGCGUUGAAUCUGAUUCAAGCAGCGUUGAGAGUGGAAUCAGAUAUGCCUUUGUUCAUGGCUCCUGCAAAAUUCCUUCUCUUUCCUUACCUGAGACCGAGGGUAUCUUCUCCGUCAAGGUUUUCCAUUCUCGGUAUCCUGAGCUUCAUGUGAACUUAGAGAUUCUGAUAACGCCUGCUCCAACAAGUGAAAGAGAUGACGUUGGUUGUUCAACACCUUACUCAAGGAUGACAUCAACACCUCAAUCAGGGAUGGCUUCAGCCACUCCGUUUCCAAGGGUAGGAUUGGAACGAACUCCAUGUUCACAGUUUGGAGUUUUGGCCAUUAGGUCACCGUCAUUGGAUGGCAGUUGCCCAUCUGGCGUGAUGGAUAUACCGCAGUACACUAAGAGUCUAAAACAAGAACUCAGUACAUACGAGGCACAGCAAGAGGAAAUAGAUGAGCGCAUAAAAUGUUUGGAGGGUGAACAAGAACAGGCCGAGCAAGAAUUGAUUACUUUGCAAGCUUCUCUGGAUUCUAUCUGUGCGGCGCUCCCGGAAUGCCUAUCCACCAGAGAGUCCAUGAUGAAACACAUUGAAGAGGAGCAUCAAGACACUGCAGCAUCGGUCUUCUGUUCUUUGACCAAAAAGGUUCCCCCUCCGCGGUCUUUGUUUCUGUCAAUCAAAGGAGGAGUGUUUGGCAUUGUAGCCCUUCUUGGUUCUGUUGCCUCCACUUCACUAAGCAGGAUAUUAUCUGCAUAUUUGGGGAAAGAAAAAAUGCUUGCGCUGGUAUGCAAAUCAUCAGCAUAUAGAGCAAGCUAUGCUGAGUACCUGAGGCUUCAAGAUGAAGCAGCUAGGCUCGGACGUUCCAUAACCAAUCCUCCGCAGGUUAUUUGUCUUAAUGCAUACACACCUUGGAGAAGUGGACUUGUGGAAAAUGAUCCGCAGAGGAGAUUGGACAUGGUUAACCCUUCCCUACGCAAUGGAGGUCCUAUACCGGGUUUCAAAGGUUACGCUGUGAACAUGAUCGAGUUGGCUGUAAGGGACCUGGAUAUAGGAACAAACGGUCAUGGGCUUAGAGAGACGCUCUUCUAUGGACUUUUUGGAGACUUGCAAGUGUACGAGACCGGGAAGGAUCUUGAAGCAGCCCUUCCUUACAUCAAAGAUGGUGUAGAUGCUGUGUCUCUAGAUGGUGUGAUCUCCAACAGAGAUGGGUUUUUAUUCUCUGGAUGCUGCGUUCCAGAUGUUCAUUUUCCAGUAACAGUACCAGAGAAUCACGAGAAGACUUUGGUGAAGAUGGAAAUAAAAAGGGACAAGAAGAGAAAGCGUGAGGAGGAGUUAGUUGAGGAGAGAGGUUUGUUGAGGAAGAUAGAGAAAAAGAUGAAGAAGGCAACGAAGAAGUACGAACGUUUCUCAGCCAUGGCUGACUCUCAGGACCGUAUAAAUAAAUGUUAAUGGGACAUGAAAGAAGAGUCGUUUUGGUGUUAGUUUUUAGUUCAUGAAACUUGGAUCUUGCUUGUUUAUUAUUGUGUCGGUUAGGACUGAUCUUUUGUGAAUAUGAUCUGUGUUCGUUGUUUUGCUACAGUCUAUGUUCUCACGUUUAUAUAAGCUUUUUGUUAUAA